AUGGCCGCGAAUGCUGCAGCCAACAUGGACACCGCCUUUGACCCUGAGCUGCGAGAGAAGAUGGGCCUGCGCGGCUUGCUGCCCCCUGCUCAACAGAGCAUGGCUACCCAGAUCCAACGUUGCCUGUACCAGUUGAGGCGCAAGAAGACGCAGCUUGGCAAGCACGUCUACCUGUCAUCGCUGCGUCAGACCAACACGCGCCUAUUCUACGCGGUCAUCAUGAGCGAGGCCGAGGAGUGCCUUCCGCUCAUCUAUACCCCGGUCGUCGGCGAAGCGUGCCAAAACUUUUCCAAGAUCUACCGUCGUCCCGAAGGUCUCACCCUCACCAUCGAGGACAAGGGCCAAGUCGCCAAGGUCCUCAAUAACGUACCCCUCCCCGCCGGAGGCCCGCGCAUUGCCGUUCUGACCGACGGAAGCCGUAUCCUCGGCAUCGGCGACCAAGGCUGGGACGGCCUUGGCAUCAGCAUCGGAAAGCUCUGCCUCUACGUAGCCGCAGCCGGCAUCCACCCUCGCGCCACGCUCCCCAUCGUCGUCGACCUGGGCACCAACAGCCAGGAGAAGCUCGAGGACCCCAUGUACCUCGGUCUCCGCCAGAAGCGCGCAAGCGACGACGAGUACCGCGAGUUCCUUGAUGAGGUCAUGGAUGCUCUGAACAAGAAGUUCCCCAACUUGAUCAUCCAGUUCGAGGACUUCACCAGUGACCAUGCGUUUGAAUUCCUCGCGCGAUACCAGGACAAGUACCCGAUGUUCAACGACGACAUUCAGGGGACUGGUUGUGUCGUGCUGGGCACAUUCGUUGCUGCUGCUCGUCUGAGCUCCAAGGCGUCGGGCAAGCCGCUCUCCGAGCACAGGAUCCUGCUCACGGGUGCUGGAUCUGGAGCCGGCGUCGGCAAGCAGCUCCUCUCCUUCUUUACGCAGCAGGGCUUCACAGAGGAGGAGGCGCGCAAGAAGAUUUGGAUGGUCGACUCGAAGGGCCUGAUCACCAAGGACCGUGGAGACAAGCUCGCCCCUCAAAAGCAAGAGUGGGCUCGAGAUGACAACAAUGGCCAGCAAUUCCAAUCGCUCGAGGACAUCAUCGACUACGCCAAGCCGACCGCCCUCAUUGGCCUCUCCACCGUCCCCAACACCUUCACCCCGUCCGUGCUCCGCAAGAUGGCCGACCUCAACAAGCGACCCAUCAUCAUGCCCCUCUCGAACCCCUCUUCCAAGUCGGAAUGCAACCACCAGCAGGCGAUUGAGGGAACAGAUGGCCGCGCAAUCUUCGCUGCCGGCUCGCCCUUCGGCGACGUAGAGUAUGACGGCAAGACGUUCAAGGCCAGUCAGGCGAACAACUUCCUCGUCUUCCCCGGCAUCGGUCUGGCAGGGGCCUUGACGAAGGUUUCGCGCAUCACGCCCUCGAUGAUUACAACUGCGGCCGUCUCUCUCGCCAACUGCUUGACCGAGGAGGAGGAGAAGGAGGGUCGUGUCCUACCCGACAUCGCCCGCAUCAGGGAGGUCUCGCGCGAUGUUGCCACAGCAGUCAUUCAACAGAUCAACAAGGAGGGGUACGCGAGGGAUGGAGGGUACACGGCUGGAUUUAUGGAGGAAAAUCUCAAGGAGUGGGUCGAGGGAGAGAUGUGGUCGCCGAGCUACGAGAAGCUGCACACUUGA